AUGGAGCCUGCAGCUCCCUGUUUAUUGGGAUUCCUUUUGGCCUUUCUGCUCUUACAGUUCACAAUACCUGCCCAAGCAAUGAACUCUGAUAUACAAAUUAGCAUCCAGGUUCCAGAUGCAGAAAGUAUACUGGUGGAGUGUACUUCAGGAAACUUGAUCCCACCUGCUGACAUUACAUGGAGAGACAGCAAGGGGAAAGUAAUUCCACCCUCGUCAAAAUUUGAUUCUCAGGAUAGAGCUGGAUUAUUGUACUUGAAGAGCAAUAUUCUUCUAAAAAACAGAACACAAGGUCCUAUUACUUGUUCUAUUUACAAUGUAACUACUAAUCAGGAGAAAAAGAGAAGUAUUUUCCUCCCAGAUGUUCUGUUCAAACCAGCAUACAUGUCGUUGAUGUCAAAAAGACCUCCACGCCCUGUAAUAUAUUUGAUCAUUAUAUUAAUUCUUCAUUGUCUCAGAUAUUUUUGUUGUCUCAUAUGGAAAAAAUAUGAAUCUACAGAAGAGGUUAACGACAGAAAAGAGACAUUGAAUAUAAAGCUGAUUACAUGCUGCACAAUUGUCUGUGAAUGUCUACCUUUAGCUUUGUAUAUUGGCUUCCUUCCUCUCUACUUGAAAUUCAGGAGCCAAGCUUCUAUUUUGGACGAUGCAUAUCCACUGUAUAGUAAUUGGCUGUGGGAUGUAUGCAUAAUCUUGGUUGUGAUGAUGAUAUUUUUCACUGGACUCAUUGUGCUUCUACUUCGUACCCUAAAGACCAAAGAACAGAACCAACAGGAUCGUUUAAGCCAAAGUUCACACGAAGCUGAGCACGAAAUGUCAUCACUUUUGUCCCUAGGAAGUUCCAGAGAGGAAAUCAUCGUACACCAAGGAAGUUGCAGUGAGGAAAACAUCCUGGAACAAGGAAGUUGCAGAGAGGAAAGCAUCCUGGACUGAGGAAGUUGCAGAGAGGAAAUCAUCCUGGACUGAGGAAGUUGCCAUGAGAAAUCAUCCUGGACCAAAAAAGUCGCAAAGAUGAAACCAUGCUGUGCCAAGGAACUGUGGCAAUGAAAUGUUAAAUCUUCUUUAGCCCUUAAGAUCAGAUUGCAGUCUCAGCGGGGGAACUUG